AUUAAAAGAAACUAAGAAAACCUUCUUUGCCAAAAACAAAAUGGAAAUCAUAAAGGUAGACAAGAAGUACCGAGACCUUUUCAAAAUGAGCUUUCAGAACUUCUACAAGGUGAAGGACAACAUGGCGAAGGAUGGCGGGCCAGAUCUAGCUUCAUACAAGAUUUUUGAUCAAGAAGUAUCCUUGGGCAUGACAGCGGACAAGUCUGCCAUUGAUGAAGAGACAUUAGAGUUCCCAUCAAUCUCUUCAAGUCAGGGUGAAGCUGAGAAGGUUCCAAACUCCUUCUGGUUCGUACCAAUCUCUCCCAGAAAAGUCGACACUGACAUGGAUACAGUAUUAACGGAUGGGCCCCACUCACCGCCAAUGGGCCCACUCCCUCAUCCCACAAGAGUCAACGCAGAGACGAUUUUAGCUCUGUCUGGCUUUUCACCAAGCCACUCCAGAAAGUUCCACUCUGAGAUGAGCCCUGGCUCUUUGGACUCUUCAGCGAUUCUACCCACAAAGGUCAACUCUGAGAAUGACCGGACUCCGGACUCUAUAGCCCUGACUGACUCGCCUCCACUCCACCCGAGAAAGUUCAACUCUGAGGAGGUUCUGGCUCGUUCCGAGGUAUCAACAUACCUCCGCAGAAGAAGGGUCAGCUCUGAGAUGAACACGGCUAUUCUACCCAGAGCCCAGGCACUACCCAGCCACUUGACUUCAAUCCAUCCCAGAAUACUCGACUCUGAGAAGAAUCUGUUAGCCUCGGACCCAACUUCGAAACUGCACUUGCAGAUGUGUAAUAAGAUGUGGACCACUGCCAAGGAGGAUAUUUUACUCAAGGAUCUGGUGGAAAAUUCAAAAGAAAUCAUUGAAGGCCUUUUGAAAUUUAUAAAGAGCGUUGAGGAUAACUGCGAAAUACUGCAGUUGAUUAAGUUUGCAAGGACUGGAAAACCCAUUCCACAGAUUUCAUCAAAGAUCCCCAGCGAGGGGAAGAAUGAGAAUGAAGUCCGAAGAGAAAAGAAAAGACGGAGGGUCAGUAUUAAACGACCACAGCCCGAACCCUCGAUCCCCAUUGCUCGGACGGAGACAGGACAACUUUCGAUUGGGAUACUAAAUGAGGUAGAGAGCGGGUCCACACAGAAGGCGAAGAAAGAGAAGAGGUGUAAUAAGACCACUGCCAAGGAGGAUAUUUUCCUCAAGAAUCUGGAGGACAAUCGAGAAGAAAUUAGGGAAAUUCAUUUCGAAACCUUAAAGUGCCUUAAGAAGUUCUCCAAAGUACUGGAGUCGUUUCAGUUCAAACGAACUGAACCAAAACCUAUUGCCGAGAAAAAAGAAAUCUUGCCGACUUCCACGAAGAUUCCCAGCCAGGAGAAGAAUGAGAAAGGUGUCCGAAGAGCGAAGAAAAAUCCGGGUCCCAUUGCUCGGACGGGGACUGGCAAACUGAAGUCGGUGGACAAGGUCGACUCCAAUGCACCUUUGAUUGAGGUAAAGACUGAGGUAAAGAUGAGGUCCACACAGAAAGCGAAGAAAGAGAACUCCAAAUCCGGCCACAUUCAAAUCAAUGGUGUAGAUAAUGAGCUGAUCCGCCACGUCCUUGAGCUACGUGAACGCUAUAAACAGAGCGGCUUCGAGGAGAGAUGGAAGACCCGGGUACUCUUGGAAGCCAAUGAAGAGGAGAGCAUCUUUAUGAGAUGUCCUCAGGUAUUAGAAUCCCUUAAGAAUUCUUUUUGGAAAUUCAUUCUCGAUAAUUUUACUGAAGAGAUCUAG